AUGACUAUGCUUAAUAAAAAAGUGCCGUUGAAUCGUCAAGAUAUACGUGGGACAGGCAUUGGAGCGUAUCGAUCAUAUAAACAGGAUGAAUCUCAAGAAGCACUCUCACCUGAAGAUCGAUUGAUGGAAAAUGCUUAUAGCACUCCAGCAGAUGAUCUUUAUAAUAAUCAAGGAGAUAAAGCGCAUGUUUAUAAGAAUCCCAUUUAUACUCCUAAAAAUAUUCGACAACGAAACACUGAUGAUAAUGUUUAUGAUAAAGCUGGAAGUUAUCGCACUAAUAUGAUUAUUCCUAUGGAAAAGACGCCGGAAAUGAACGAUACUAUUAAAAUGAAUAAUGCACGCAAUAAUAUGAAUGUGAAUUCAAGUUUUAAGAGUGCACCACAUGGAUAUUUCCGAGAAAUUUUUGAAGAAAAAUUUGAAGAAAAGUAUGAGAUUGAGGAGGAUAAAACCGAGUCGGAAACGGACUCUAAAAAUUCGCAAGAAAUUGCCAAAUAG